CAAAUCAUUACAUUCGGUUUUUAUUUACAUUACAUCCAACUUUUUUGGAAAUGGGGUUGUACAUGCGUGCGCACACACACACACACACACACACACACACACAGAGUUGUACCUCUAAGAGUUAUAGACCCCAGCUCACCACCCCUUCCCAAUCUCUUUUCCUUCUUUCCCUCUCUCUAUGUCUCUCCCCCACUCACACACACACACAACAUUCUUGUGCUUAAAUCAGUCCCUCUGGUACACAGCCAGGGUACAGAUUGGAUAGUAGGAUCAGUGAUUCAGGUCAGACAAUUGCAGCAUUUUUGGAUUUUUUUGCCAACGACAGAAGUUGACUACUGGGAAAUGAAAGCAUUCAGUAGAUAAAAUACUUUCUGCUACUUGUAAAAUUAAUCAUUUAUUUGCAAGCAAUCUCAUAUUGGGUUCAGUACCAUAGGGGACCCUGCAUGCAGUUUGCAUUAUUGUUAUAUUCAUAAUCAUAAUGUUCACGAAUAUAGUUCAGAUUUAAUUAUUCUUGGGAAACUGUAAAAAUAAUCUUUAUGCUUAUUUGUGAAUUUGUGGGUUGUACAUCUUAAAAACCCAUGUUAACGUGUUUUUUUUUUCAGUUGCACAGAAAUCUACACAGGAACUAAAACGUGGAGACGGGUCCGUUUAAAGGCUACCAUUUCUUAUGCUGUGGGUAUAUCUUUGCACUAUUGAUUCAUUUCCAGCCAGUAAAAUCCGUCGUCUCCCACGGCCUCCCCUCCUGUCCCUGCACCAUGACGGUCACCUACACGGCCAAAGUGGCCGACGCCCGCUUCUGCGGCUUCUCCAAACUGCUUUUCGCCUGGAAAGGAAGCAUAUACAAGGUGCUGUACAAGGAGAUCCUCGGGUUCUUCACAGUGUACACAGCCAUCAGCAUCACUUACAGAUUGUUUCUGCUGGAGGACCAGAAGAGGUACUUUGAGAAACUUGCGAUCUAUUGCAACCACUACGCCAGCCUGAUCCCCAUGUCUUUUGUGUUAGGUUUCUAUGUGACACUCGUGGUGAACCGGUGGUGGAGUCAGUACACUUGUAUCCCGCUGCCCGACCGGCUCAUGUGCGCCCUGUCGGGGGGGCUGCAGGGCGGCGACCCGCGGGGCCGCCUUCUCCGGCGCACCAUGAUGCGCUAUGCCAGCCUGUCCUCGCUGCUCAUCCUGCGCUCAGUCAGCACCGCCGUCUUCAAGCGCUUCCCGACCAUGGAUCACGUCGUAGAAGCCGGCUUUAUGACCAGAGAGGAGAGGAAGAAGUUUGAGGGUCUUCAGUCACCUUAUAAUAAAUACUGGAUCCCCUGUGUGUGGUUCACUAACCUGGCAGCUUCUGCUCGCUUUGAGGGCCGCAUCAGAGAUGACAUCACUCUGAAGUUACUGCUGGAGGAGCUCAAUGUGUUUAGAGGGAACUGCAGCAUGCUGUUUCACUAUGACAUGGUCAGUGUGCCUCUGGUGUACACACAGGUUGUCACCCUGGCAGUGUACGGAUUCUUCCUAGUGUGCCUUGUUGGUCGGCAGUUUCUGGACCCUGCCCAAGGCUACCCAGGACACGAACUCGACCUCUAUAUUCCAAUUUUCACCCUGUUGCAAUUCUUUUUCUACGCCGGCUGGCUGAAGGUUGCAGAGCAACUCAUUAAUCCCUUUGGUGAGGAUGAUGAUGAUUUUGAGACCAACUGGUUAAUUGACAGAAACUUUCAGGUGUCCAUGAUGGCUGUGGAUGAGAUGUACGGCGACCUGCCCGCCCUGCAAAGGGACCGCUACUGGGACGACUGCAAUCCGAGGCCACCUUACACAGCCGCCACACGCUCUGUCCCCCGCAAGCCCUCUUUCCAGGGCUCCACCUUUGACAUGGUAAUUCCCAAAGAGGAGAUGGUCUUCCAAAGCCUGGGGGGUAUUGUAGAGAACCUGGAGGAGUCCGAGAGCGGAAACCCCAACCUGUCCCUCCUGAAACACGUUCUGAACGAUGGGCCGACUCCGUCUGGCCUUAUGGGAAACGCACCCCCCAACGCCUCGUCCCCACUGCAGACGCGUGGUCACCCCCAAACAUCACCCCUGCCCAGCACUGAUGACGACAGUGACAGAUUCCAGACUCUUGGCACCAACCAGGAUACCAGAAGCACCAUCUAUAGCUAUGUGGACACCACCAGCCCCAGCAGGGCACUGGGGUUUGAUGAGUGUCAGGAAGCAGCUGGGAAGGUGAGAGCAGAAGGUGGGAAAUCCACGAUAAUGGUGGAGGAAGAGCAUAGCAAUGUGAUGCAGGGGAGAGCAGCGACGACCUCUAACCAAACACCUCCUCUUCUGGUUUCUCCACCUCCUACGCAUGAUGACUCACUCGCGCAGAGUGCAGCACAAGCCUCUGGCCCGUUAGCUCACGGUUCCCUGACCUGGUACUUCCAGCAGGGUAGCUUCUCGCGCCCCAUCUCCCUCAGGAUCGAGGAACAGUGUCCGACCCCCCGCAGUGCUACUCCAUGCUCCGUCCAGGACUUCUUCGCUAUCCAACCAAUCGGUGAGCAACUCAGUGUCAGACCUAGCCUUCCUACUGGAACCACUGGGAACAAAUCAGGACCAAAUUUCCUUACGGUUCCAUGCUUCGAUGUCACAGCUUCCCAGGAACGCCAGUCUCCCACACUGCCACACUGAUCAUCCUGAGACAGUUAUAUGGGUCAGAGGUCAACACUGAGGACAAACAACUUUGGUGACCGCAGGCUCCAUUUUUCCCCCGGAAAAAAAAAAAAAAGAUUAGAUAAAUGCACUGAAAACCUUUCAUUUUGAAGACGAAUGGUAGAAUAUUGACCUACCACCACCACGUGGAAAAAGCCCAUUGUGUUGGGCUGUAUGUUCUUUCAGACGUCACAUGACACGUGUGACAGUACAGGGGAAGACAGACUGCUGAUGCUCUCAGUUACCAAAGCAAACAGCCUGAUAACUAUUAACAGCAGUAGCUACAUCACCCACUUCAUUCUUAGGCGUUUGGUAUGGAAAGUGAUCAUUUUAAAUACGAAGAAGGCUGCAUGUACCUAAUCGGUGAUUCCUGAACACGCUGUAAAAGUAGUUAUGGGAUAAGAGGAUCACACAGAAAUAAACAAGGACAUUCUGGUA